AGCCGACAAAUCGAACAAGUAGCGGAAGUCCUGUUGAGGAGUAAACAUUUGUUAGAAGUUAGUUAGCUUGUUAGCUUGCAUGAACUGAUAUUAACCUAGAAAAGAAGGAAACCAGUUAAUUUACAGGAAGAUUAAUUCGGUUUUGCACUUUCACACGUUAAUCCUGUUGGACUAACUCGGCAGUUUAUUUUCGAGAGGAGAAAGAAAGAGACAGCGAGGAUGGAUCCAGCUCUGCUUAGGGAGAGGGAGCUGUUCCAAAAGAGAGCUCUUUCAACUCCAGCGGUAGAGAAAAGACCGACUGCAUCAGACUCUGGAUCUCACAAGAAGAAGAAGCCUAAAGCAGAGAAAGAGAGCUCCUCUGGAUCUAAAAACAGUUCAGAAUCUGCAAAUGGAAACAUCAACAUCAAGGCGAGCUCUGGGUACAAGUUUGGCUGCCUGGCCAAGAUUGUCAACUACAUGAAGACGAGGCAUCAAAACGGCGACACACACUUCCUGACACUUGAUGAGAUUCUGGAUGAGACCAAACUUCUUGACAUCAGUAUGAAACAGAAACAAUGGCUGAUGACUGAGGCCUUGGUCAACAACCCAAAAAUUGACAUUCGAGACGGGACGUAUGGCUUUAAGCCUAAAUACAACCUGAAGGACAAGAAAGCCUUACUGAGGCUGCUGGACAAACACGACCAGCUGGGCCUGGGAGGAGUGCUGCUGGACGAUGUAGAAGAGGGACUCCCUAAUGCAGCCAAGGCCAUUAAGGCUUUGGGGGAUCAGAUCGUAUUUGUAACGAGACCAGAUAAGAAAAGGAUUCUGUUCUACAAUGACAAGCAUUGCCAGUUUGCAGUAGAUGAAGAAUUCCAGAAGCUGUGGAGGAGUGUACCUGUGGACUCCAUAGAUGAAGAGAAAAUUGAUGAGUACUUGAAAAAACAGGGCAUCUCUUCCAUGCAAGAGACUGGACCGAAGAAAGUGAUGCCAGUUCAAAAGAGAAAGAAGCAAAGCGGGCAGAGGAAGAGACAAUUUAAAACCCAUAACAACCAUCUGGCAGGAGUUCUGGAGGAUUACUCAGAUGGUGUGCCUGCGAAGAAGUGAAACAGCUCAUUAUAAUCUGAGGUGGCUGGAGAUGAAGUCACUGGCUACACAAUACUGACUUUUUAUUGUGGUUCUGUCAAAAAUAAACUAGCUUAUGUUCCUUUUAUUUUCAUUCCCUCCAGGGAUCAGUAGUCAUUCAUUACAUGGAGGCCAUAGAAGCAGCAGUGUUGUGGAAUGUUUUUUGAGUCACUGGUCAAUCAAACUUGAGGACACUGGUGGAAGAGUACUGAGAUAUUCAAGCACACUGAAGACUGACCAGGAGAAGGCACAUCAUCCCUACAGAUAAAAUGUAGAUGUGGCUAAUAUGUGUUGAUACUACUUUGAUCAUUUUAUUCAGUUUAUAGCAAAGAGGUGUUUUGAAAGGUGCAAUGUAAGAGACAUUCUUUGGAGAACAAUACCAUCUCACCCAGUAUGAAACCGUCUUUUCUUCUUGUGGACUCUCAGAAGAUUUCAGUGUUUUUACUCUGCAGAACCAUGGUAUAGUGGUUCAAAAUACAAGACUUCUGAACUUAUUUUAAUAAAUUUCAUUGUUACACAA